UGUACAGACAUACAUACGUACAUAAAUAAUAUACAAUACGCAUGAAUAAAUAUUGCAAAUAAUGGAAAAAUUACCCGAGCGUCCAUUAUCUGCGCGCUCCAUGCCGCUUACACCCUCCAGCACGCAUAGCGCAUCACAAACACAACAACAACAACAACAAACCACAAAUUCAUCAAAGUCCUCGUCGCGCCGCACCUCCGGCCAAUAUGUGUACGAAACGUUGCCAUCACCACCACCCGAUCCGCGUCAGAGCGAUAAUAUUUUUCAAUUUCCAAGCAAAACGAAAAAAGAAGGCCUGCCACCUGGCUACCAUACGCUCUUCAAUUAUGUCGAAAGCAAAGAGGAAUUUUAUAAAACACUUUACAAAAUUAUAGCGAACGAUUGUAGCGCAGCGCAUGAGGCGGCGAAUAAACAGCAGCAACAGCAAACACAAUCAUCACAGCACCCGCAACAACAACAACAACACCCGCAACACCCGCAACAACAACAACAGCAGCAGCAGCAACAAAUGCAGCACGAACGUCACGAUGGGGAGCAGACGCGCUGCGCCUACUGUCAGCAUGUCCGCCAGGAGUGCACGCAAUUCAUGGAGCCGCUGCAGAGCCGUUUGGGCAGCAGCUUGUCGGCGUUGCUGGCGGCACACGGCUCCGUGGAGCAGCUAUCGCGUCUCUACGCUAUCUGGGAUAAGUACAUCGACGAGUCAGCGAAGUGGCGACGGCAGCGCGAGUGCCUGAACUAUGCGAAUCUGCUCAAUGAAAAGAUACAAAAUGCCAAAGAGGUGCGUAGUAAGCGCCAACAACACCAACAGCAGCAGCAACACCACCAACAACAGCCACAACAAGAUUACGAGCAAGAGCAAUACUCAGAUACCGAGGCGGAUUUAGAGGAAUCGAUCGCGCUCAUCGAAUCGAUGCUGGGCGAGUCGGCAACAACACCCGUGCCCACAACACCAGCACCUACAUCCUUAAGUUUCGGCAGCUUUUCGGCAUUCGGGGGCGGCGGCAGUAAUCCCUCGUCGAUUAAACGAGGCGCUCUCAAACAACAACGCGAACGCAGCAAAUCGAUGAUGAUUGAUGAUGUCGCAUCUACUUCUGCAGCGACACUGGCCGUACGCGUCGAACAUGAUCGUGAUUCAAAGAGUUCCAGCGCCCUGCCGCACAUGCUGCGUCGCCAGAGUACCUACUCUGAGGGAAAAUCGAAAGUAUCGAAGUGGACGAAGGUCAAGGCAGCAUUCAAAUGGGAGCGCGCUAACGUGCCUGCGUUGGCCGAAGGUGUUGGCAACAGCAGUGUUGUAGUGUACAAUGUUGUGCCAAAUAAAGAUCACACCGCCGCCAGCGUGGGACUGACGCCUGUCAAUAAUGAGGUCGCGAGAUAUUUGCGUGUGCCGUCGUUGCCCGGCCCUGGCGGUGGCAGUUCGGCUGAUAGCAUUUUGAGCUCAUCAUCGGGGCAUCUGCUUAGUGAAACUGGUACGCCAGGCACUAUCAGCUCGGCAAGUUCAAUGGACGAUAUUGAUAGCAAUUGUCGCAGCACGCUGAGACGAGACUCAACCAAGAGCGACAGUCGCGUGAUUGAUGAAAGUCCUUCGUCGCGUCUAUUGGAACGUUCAAAAACCGAUGAUGUUGAAGCCUUGAGCCGCUCAGCCAAAAGCGACAGCAAUAUGAGAACUUCAAUGGCCAAGAAAUCCUCAUCGAUUAAAUCUUUGCGUAGAAGCAAAAAUCAUACCGACUUUGAGGCACUGCCAGAGGAUGUUGUUGCCGAUUUGAAAGGUCCAACACAACGUCGUACAAAGCCACCGCCCAGUCCUUUGAAUCUCAAUUUGAAACAGGACCUCACCGAUUCGGAUUUCUCUUAUUCGCCGUAUUCACUGAAAAGUCCCAAAGAUGGCACGCAAUCUCUGAAUCGUUCGAAGAAAGUUAACUCACCGGGUAAUUCAUCAGUGCCGAGCAGUCCUUCGCGUCAUUCGGACUUCUUUUGUGAAUUUGAGAGCGAAGAUCUAUCGAGUGGCGAUUUCUCGGAACCCACCACACCUAAUCAUUUGUCGCCACAUAAGACUUUUCUCGACGAGAAAAAUGAAAUCAAUCAACGCUACCAGAUGUUACGCGCUAAAUUUGAUAUUGAAUUUGAGGCGAAGCGAAGGGAAUGGGACAAAAUGAGAUCGAACACAAAUGCGUGCAGAGCAAUAGCCUUGAUCACACCACCCAAACCGGAUGAACACCCCCAACACCCGGUCUUUAACAACAAAAUUUCAGCAAAACUUCUAGAGGAAAAUCUCACACCUGAUUUUAAGAAGAAACUACGUAAAUGGCGUGUGAAGAAACAGAUCUCCGUUAGUGGCGCACAUCCCACACAAAUCUCGCCCACUUCACCAGUACGAGAGGGACUUGGUGAUUCAAAACCAAAAAUCGACUGGAAUCUUUGGAAAACAGGACAAUUGAAGUUGGAGGGUCAGGGCUUAAUGCCAUUGCCGGAUCAAAAGGACCUACCGGAAGAGUUCCAAAGAAAGUUGGAACAAUGGAAUAAAUUGAAACAAAGUGGUGGUGUUGGUGGCGCCACAGGGAAUAUUCCAAGCGCACAGGAUUCCAUAAAACGCUCUAACAAACUCACGGAUAGCAUUAAGAAAAGUGCUGAGAGCAAACCGCAUGAUAAGGAUAAACUAGAAAAAUUGGCCAAACUCAAAGCGAUCGUCACCGAUCAUCCCGCCAAGAAGAUCGAAGUGAAGACCUCGGAGGGCGUCAUGAAAUUCGAAGGCAUCUCUCGCAAAUUCACACGGAAACUCUAUGAAUGGGAGAAGGCACGAGGCAUUGGACCAGAAUCGUCAACAUUUGCUUUGCUGCAUCCCGGCUACCGGCCAAUUGUCGUGGAUCGCAUCACAAAGGAAAGCAAUACAAGAGACAAUUCUCUGACACUUGGACGCUCAUUCUCUUUGGAUAGCAUUGCACAGAAUAAUGCCACGCUGCCGGCCAUCUCGCAACAGGCUUCCAGCUUAUCGCUGAAUGAUGUGAACGAUUUAAAGGAGAUCGAUAAUCACGGCAGCUCUGAUGUGCUUGAUGAGCACGAGUACAAGAAAUUUGAGGAACCUGAAGCGGUGAUGGUGGAGGUGGAGGAUCAUAUUGAAGAGACCGCAUCUCCGUUGGUAACCGCACACACACUAAUUGAACAACAAACACCGAUUUAUAAAUAUGAGGAAGGCGCUUGCAGUGAUUAUUGUAAUACGCGACGAGUGCAGAGUUUCGAGUCAUACACCAACUUGGCUCCUCUCCUGUCCGUGCUACAACGUACAGAAGAGACCUUUGCAAAUCUGAAACGUUCCUCUACAGAAUUGUGUGAAAAUGUCGAGCUGCGCCAAUGUGAGGCGAUGCUCACGUAUAUUCGGAACAUUUAUCCUUACUACUCGGAUAAUCUGAUGAAACCAAGCGUUCUGAAUGCCAUAUCGGAUGUACAAAGCGAGUUGAGUAGAAUUGGCGAUCUGUGUGAAAAAUGUCCACUCGAUGAGGCCUGUUGUCAGGAGACGAUAGAAGAACGUUGCUACGAAUACAAUGAAGAGUUGAAAGGCUUGAAGGAAUCCCUGUUUUUACUUCGAAGAAGUAUACACGGCAGCUCAACUCCAUAUCCACGCGAUAUCGUGCCGGACAUAAGUAUCACCUCAGUUGACGUUCAAAACGUUGCUCCAGAUGACUCCAAAGAUCACAUAUCAACUACCCUCGAGGCAACGGAUGAAUGGAGUGCAUCACAUGCUGAAAACGACGAAGAGGCUGAGACCACAAAAGUAUCACAACGCACGCAGUACCCAAAUAGUAAUGGUGCUAACAGCGCGAUGGUUAAGAAGAAACUACGGCUACGCAAAACUGGUUCACGGCAGAACAGUAAAACCGAGAGCGAUAGCAGUGAUGCCGACACACACAGCGUGCUAGAGACACCCCGACGUAUUAAGCGCAAGAACUUUCGUCUCAAACAGCGUUCAUUCGAUGACGACUAUCGUCGAGUGGAAGAAACAGCGGGGGAAGAUAUCGUCUAUGUGCUGAAAGUUAAGCCAGGUCAUCCGAUUGAACAGUGUGAGAAUGUGGUUGGUAUGGAACGCUGCUCUUCCGAUACCAACAAUUACCGACCGAAAGGUGGUAGCGAAAAAUGUCUUUUAGCGACCGCCACAGUCGUGCAGAGACGGCCACCGUUCGAUGAUAAUGUUGAUGUAAAUGAAAAUUUAAAUUUUAAUCAAAAUGAAAAUGUGUUUGUAAAAACUAAGCGGAAAUUAUUCACCGCAGUCGCGGAACCGAGUGCUAUCGGUGGUAUAACUGUUAUUGAGCGAGAGCUCGUGCAGACACCAACUGAAGAGGACGGAGCAGUCACCGAUGCCUCACUAUCCGAGACUGAGCCAACGACGUUGAAGGCAGCAGAAACGGUUGACUCCGACACAACAACAGAAGUGGGUAGUCUGACACCAAAACGUUCCAAUUCAACUUGCAAGUCAUUGAGUCAGAGUGAUAUGCGUGCUCCCGAAUACGAAUAUGAGGAUGAGCGCAAGUGUCAAAGUGCUGAGAAAUUAGCAACACCAGCUAAAAAGCUGGCUAAGGAAGUGCGUCCGCCGCUUGCCUCCGAUAGUUUUCGUGUUAUUAACAAAAGCUGCAACAGUCUAAUGCGUGAAUCGGCUAGUCCGGCUAAAAUUAAUAUGAUUGCAAUGCAUCUUCCAGGCAGUAGUUCCACGGAUGUGCGCAAGGAGCACCGCUUUAGGAAGAACACCGAACGGUCAAAUCAUCACAUACCCUUUUCGAAAUCACAAAGUGCGACUAUAAAGAAAAUUGAGACUAAAAUUGCGAAAACACAUUCGGGUGCCUCCAUCGGUGAUCCAUCUUCACCGCAAGCCCGCUUCACACCCGACCGCAUCGACAACACAAUACCACGUAUUGCGCGCAAACUCGAACGGAAAUCUCUCACACCUACCAGUAUGCCGCCACUACAUUUCGAUUUUCCAGUGCCAUACAACUCGGAGCCCACAACACCACUGCAUGCGCCGACUCAAGAAGCACCACGCACACCACUCUCGGAACGAGCUUUACGCAUACAAAGGGCCAAAGAGGAAUUCCUUCAAGGCAAUGGUGCGCUUGCUCAAUCACAAAUGGAAGUUAAGCGUCGCGAUGACAUUGUACGCAAUGAAACCUGGGAGCAAUAUCGGCGUAGCGAUUACAGUAUCAACUCGUUGACGGGUGAGCAAAGCGAUUUGCCAAAAAGUUUCAGUGUUGGCACAAUUACCGGCGGCUCGUACACUGAAACUCCUACACACUCGGACACCGGCACCGAUCUGGACAGCAGUGUUUACGACUCACUGCCACGUUCAGUCAGCCGUUCCGGCAAAAUAUCCAGUAAACUGGGUUUCGCAACACUCGCCUCGAAAUUUCGACGUGGUAAGGGUAGUAAAAAAGGCAAAGACGCACCCAAAACAGAACCAGACUCAGCAGUGAAAAGUAAUAAGGCACUCUCCGCGCUAUGUCGGCAGACUCUAAUGGCCGACGUUAUAGCUGUGCCACAGCUGGCCAAUGAGUGUGUUCACGAAACUGUGCAGAAGUCACAGUCUUCGCCUCAAGCAGGUAGAGGCUUUAGCAGUGUCGGUGGUGGCCAAAACGCCUACAUCGGUGGCGGCAGUGAUCGACGCCAAUUAGAACCUUUAAAUAAGUCGCAAAGCGAACAAUAUGUGAGACGUCACAAGGAGAGCAUUGUCUAGUCAAGAAAUAAGUCUUAUCUGUCUGUGAAUUAUCCAAGGAUUUUCAAACCAAAAUUAUUCUAAAUUCAAUUUUUAAUUAUGUAUGUACACAUAUACAGCCUAUAUUUAAUGUAACCUUUAAUUUUUUGUGUGUAAGCAACGAUUGUAUUGAGAUUAUUUAGUGAUUCUUAUUUCUGUUAUACUUAUUAACCGUUGUAUGCCGUUACAGGGGAUACAAAUCCGAAUGUAUAGAGAAGUUGUAAUAUAAAGAGAUUUUUAUAUGUAUGUAUGUGUUGAAAAUAA